CGAGAAGAUGCUUCUGCUGACUAUAGUACUUUGGUGUCGCUGUUGUUGACACGACUCAAAAAUAUUAGCGUUGAUCGCCUAGCAGAGGAUCUCCUCAGUGAAGCUAGCUUGUUGAGAUUAGUUUUGAGGAUGAGAAAGGGUGAAGUGACUUCCGAGACUCAAGAGUUGAUACGGAAAUACUGGCAACCCAAAUUGUCUUCGGAUUCUCGUCAAGAGGUGACCAAUGCGGCGAAGGUCAUUGAAGCGUUGGGAGGAGGCAAGAUUGAUCCCAGUGUUGUUGAGAGGUUUUCGAGUAUCCGAGAAGGCGAUGAUGAAGCAGGGGUUGCGUGCUUGUGGAAAAUAGAGGCAAACGGUGAAGCAAUUGGCCGAGAAAAAGUUGCACAGAUUACAGUGGUGAAUGAUGAUACAGCAGACUUGUUCGUCAGCUAUGAGGAUCUAUUGGAGAAAGCGACACUCAGGCUAUCAGCGGUGUCUAGAGUGCCAGAACGCGUACUGUCUCAACUAGCGACCAGAGCCACACCCGAGUGGAUCCUGACGAUUUUAGAUUCACCGAUUGAUCACCCUAGACCGUUGGUCGAUUGUGGCUGUACGCGUUUAUGUGCAUUGAAGUCAGGCGAGAUAGAUGUGAAUCGUCAAACUCGCGAGCUCUUGCAGCGCGGAAGCCUCGAGUUAUGGCUAUGGGCGCUGCAUGUCGAUCCUGCAGUCCUCGAGGAAGUGGACACGAGGAGUGUCUACGCUGAAGUAAUUUCGAUGAUUAGGGAGCAUCCAAUUGACGAUUCUACUAUUGUCGGGCGAGCGCUCCUUCAACUGGACUUGAUAAACUCCGAGUUACUGGGUUGGCGAGUGCUCACGAUGCUCUGCAUGAGAGGUUUCGAGCCUCUGGAUGAAGCGGCGGGUAGAUGGUUGCUACCGCAAGUUGGACGAGUGAUUUCACCAGUGUUGAUUGAGGUUGAGACCGAGGAGAGUCGGAAUGUGGAUGGUGUAAUGGCGCAAUACACGGCAUCGACAAGAGAGCUUCUGGCCCGGAGAGAAGCUGCUGAUGGUUUGAAGACUGAA